CUCUCUCUCUCCUCUGAGAGGAGCUAACAACUUCUCCUUCAUUCUUCCUCAACGGAUUGGAGCAAUGAACGAUAGUCCCUUGCAAGUGCUAACUUUGCCUACUUCUCCGUACCCCGACCAGAGGCCUGGAACCAACGGCCUGAAGAAGAAGACCCAUGUUUUCCAGUCUAUAAAGAACUUCCUGCACAACUUCAUUCAAUGCAUCUUCUCCUCCAUUGACCUGCGGGACAGGCAGGGCUCCACCAUGGUGGUGGGUGGAGAUGGACGCUACUUCAAUUCGACUGCCAUUCAGGUCAUAGUGCAGAUGGCUGCUGCUAACGGGGUGGGUCGUGUUGUGAUCGGUCAGAAAGGCAUCAUGUCGACGCCGGCUGUGUCGUGUGUGAUCAGGAAGAUCAAAGCUAUUGGUGGCAUUAUUCUUACAGCCAGCCACAACCCUGGAGGACCUGACGGAGACUUCGGCAUCAAAUUCAAUACUGCCAAUGGAGGUCCAGCACCAGAGGCUGUCACAAAUCAAAUCUUCCAAUUGAGCAGAACCAUAGAGGAGUUUGCCAUCUGUCCUGAACUCAGAGUCGAUCUGGGGACUAUCGGCAAGCAGUCCUUCGACCUGGAGAACAAAUUUAAACCUUUUACAGUGGAAAUUGUGGAUCCAGUUGAAUCCUAUGCCAACUCACUGAGGAAUAUCUUCGAUUUCGCUGUUCUAAAGGAGCUUCUGUCAGCAGACAACCACAUACAAAUCCGUUUAGAUGCCAUGCAUGGAGUGACUGGGCCGUAUGUGAAGAAGAUCCUGUGUGAGGAGCUAGGCUCCCCUGCAAAUUCAGCCAUUAACUGCGUACCUCUGGAGAACUUUGGAGGUCGCCACCCAGACCCCAACUUGAUCUAUGCCUCUGAGCUUGUCGAGACGAUGAAGAGCGGACAGUAUGACUUCGGCGCUGUUUUUGAUGGUGACGGUGACCGUAAUAUGAUCCUCGGGAAGCACGGCUUCUUUGUAAACCCCUCCGACUCAGUUGCUGUCCUUGCUGCAAACAUCUUCUGCAUUCCUUACUUCCAGCACACAGGAGUAAGAGGCUUUGCUAGGAGUAUGCCCACCAGUGCAGCUCUGGACAUGGUGGCCAGAGCCACCAAGAUCCAGCUAUAUGAGACCCCAACCGGAUGGAGGUUUUUUGGGAGCUUAAUGGACGCAGGUCGUCUCUCAUUGUGUGGGGAGGAAAGUUUUGGCACAGGUUCAGAUUAUAUACGGGAGAAAGAUGGGCUGUGGGCAGUGCUAGCAUGGCUGUCCAUCCUAGCGGUGAGGAGGCAAAGUGUAGAAGACAUUAUGACAGACCACUGGAGAACCUACGGGAGGAACUACUAUCACAGAUUUGACUAUGAGGAAGUGGAUUUAGAUGCGGCUGUGGAGAUGAUGUUGGAUCUGGAGCUGAUGAUUUCAGACAGGGCAUUCAUUGGGCAAGUGUUUACUGUGGGGGAAAAGAAAUACCAAGUGGAGGCGGCAGACAAUUUUGAGUACGGUGACCCUGUGGAUGGAACCAUUUCAAGAAAUCAGGGUUUGCGGAUCAUUUUUAAAGGAGGUUCUCGCAUCAUCUUUCGUCUCAGUGGGACCGAUAGUUUCAGAGCCACAGUUGGUCUGUAUUUCGACAGUUACGAGAAAGAUAUAAACAAGCUCUUUCAGGACCCACAGAAAUCAGUAACCAUGGAAGCUUAUAACAUGCUGUCCUACUCUCCAUCAACACAAGUCGUUAAGGACAGCCAGAAGCUGGAUGCUUCAGAUGAAUUCAUCAACUAUACAGAGAGAUGUGCAGUCCAGUCAAAUGUCAAUAAGACAGAUCAUCUUAUUCAAGCACAGUGCAACAUGUGAGUUGUUGUUACACAUUUCCACUCAUUACAUACAAGCUCAGUAAUUACUCAAAAAGUAAUUUAAAAAUGUAGUUUAAAUUAAAUAUUGUUUACAUUCCUGACAUAAAGGGGCACUUGUAAUAUCCUGUAUU